UUUGACGGCCUUCUGAUUCCUCUAUAUUACAAGAAAUUUCGAGGAAGCUCUGAAAACGGUUCUUUAUUGAAGUCUUCUACGAAAUCAACUUACAAAUGAACAAGAAAGAGCAGUAUAGAAGACAUCCAUCCUGAGUUUCUCCUAAGUGACGGAAAACAGCUUCACAGUCCACAUAAUAUUGCUAGCGUGUAUGGUCGACUGGCUAUAUCUAGAUGCGUUGGAUGCCAUCAAGACGUCAUCAUGGACAACUGCACUUUAAGGUGUGCCGGGCAUCGGUUGUGGUCUCUGUUCGUUGCGUUUGGAACGCAAGAAUUUCGCACACAAGUCACGGUGGAUUUCCAUGCAAUCGUGUGAAUUUCCUGUGCUCCAAACAUGUGGGCGAAGAACAUGGGCUGGGACGUCCUCGUCCCGCCGGCGUCGUCUGUGCUGAUGCUCGUUAUGGGGCCGCUGAUCCUCGACGCCGUCUCGACAACAGCUGGUGAGCCGGUGUUGACGUGCGGCGACGCUGCUGCGGUCACCGCGAGGCUGGGCAUCCCCAGGUGGAGGUGCCGGAGCAGCAGGAGUGACAAGGCGGAUCGGUCGUCGGAGUGCCGGCCGUGUGGCGCAGCUGAGCUCGUCCGCAAGCUGGCGGGCGGCGGAAGCGAGAGCGAGAGGGAGCUAGAUGAGGCGUUCUACGACCGCGGCGAGGACGGGUUCAUCUGCGCGGCGGAGCUGUGGUGCGUCAAUCGAAGGCUCGGGUUCGCGGAGGAGGCGAGGACUGCAAGAGGAUGACCCACGCUAUUGAUGUCGACGGUGACUGGAGGAUCAGCGUCAGGAGUUUAGCGCAGCCGGUCCUGAGAUUUUGGUGGUCUAAAACGAAACUAAAAAUAGAAUCUCUAUUUAAUUGAAACGUCAAUUGUUGGUUUAUUGUAGACCUGCAAUGGGUGGACAACUGUAAAGCUUGCAUUGGGGACAAUCGGAGGAGGAUGAUAAUUCGUUAGGUCAAACGUUAGGUAUACAUUCGUUUUAGGAGAAA